CGCAACAUAUCACGAAACAAAGUCAUUUCAUAACCGACUUCUAUAAGCAGUACAUCAAAAUUUUGUUUACAAGUUCAAUCCAUUAAAAAGUGCAAAAAAAUCCUAAUCUAUUAUUUGCUUUUAUUGAUAAGGCGAGAAGAUUAAAGAUUUUGAAGGUAUAUAAAGGGUGAAAUUUGAGUGAGUUCCAAGUUAAUGGUGAUCAAAAGAUAUUUUAGUGCUUGAGUGAAAACAAUUUUUUUAGGAUGAAGAGAAUUUAUUCUCUCGUAUUAAUCCUUGGAUUAUUCCUUAAAUCGUCUCAAUCUGCAAGUGUCGUUUCCUCAAGACUUACAGAAUCAGAAUUUGGGGAUUAUUUAACAAAUGAAUAUCAAACUAAAGCGGUGCAAAUGUGCAACGAAUUACAAAACGCCGAAUGGAACUAUGCCACCGAUAUAGCAAAUACAGAAUUACAAACAACUUUAGUGGAAAAAACCAUGAAAAUCGCCGCUGAAAGAAAACAAAUAUGGGAAGAGAAAUUUCAAGAUCUUAACGAAGAGGAAUUUACAAACGAAGAAUUAAAACGUCAAGCAAAAAAAUUAAAAAUUUUAGGAAAUGCUGCAUUAGACGAAGCCGAUUUAAAAGAGUUUACAGAAAUAACGAAUAAAAUGAGUAACAUUUAUAGUACAGCAAAAAUUUGUCCAUAUAAAACAAAAGAUACUUGCACGGCAUCGGAAUUAUUAACAUUAGAACCAGGAAUAGAAAAAAUAAUGUCUGAAUCAACCGAUUACGAUGAAUUACUUUACGCAUGGACAGCAUGGAGAGAUGCAACAGGAGCUAAAAUUAAACCCGAAUAUCAAAAAUACGUUGAACUCAAAAACAAAAUUGCAGCUAAAAACGGUAAAAACACCGCUGCUGAAUUAUGGCAAGAAGCUUACGAAACUGAGAACUUUGAAUCAAAACUCGAUGAUUUAUGGAAUCAGGUUAAACCGCUUUACGAGGAACUUCACAAAUACGUUUCAAAGAAAUUAAAAACUCGAUAUGGGGAAAAACUGGAUAUUGCUGAUGGUUUAAUUCCGGCUCAUGUUUUUGGAAAUAUGUGGGCGCAAUCCUGGGUUAAUUUAGGUUCUUUGGUGAAACCAUAUCCUGAUGCUAGUGCUGUUGAUGUUACUCAAGCCAUGCUCGAGCAAGGUUAUACCGUUCUAAAAAUGUUCGAGGAAUCCAAUAAAUUCUACACCUCUCUUGGUCUUGAAGAUAACGCAAUGUCGUACGGAGCGAAGGCGAUGAUUACGAAACCGGAUGAUAAAGAUGUUUUAUGUCACGCUUCCGCUUGGGAUUUUUGCGAUGGAUCAGAUUUUAGAAUUAAAAUGUGCACGCAAAUCGACAUGGAGGAUUUUAUAACCGUCCAUCACGAAAUGGGACACAUCCAAUAUUACCUUCAAUAUAAACAACUUCAAAUUGCACUCAGAGGAGGUGCUAAUCCAGGUUUUCACGAAGCCGUUGGUGAUACAAUUGCACUUUCUGUUGCCACGCCAAAACAUCUAGAAAAAGUUGGUUUACUCCAAAACUAUGUUGACUCCGAGGAAGCUUCAAUUAAUGCCUUAAUGGACAUGGCUUUAGAAAGAGUUGCAUUCUUACCAUUUGGAUUAUUAAUAGAUAAAUGGAGGUGGGAUGUUUUUAAUGGAAAAGUUACAGAGCAAGAUUGGAAUAAGCAAUGGUGGAAAUAUAGGGAGGAGAUUCAAAAAGUUAAGCGACCAGUUGAAAGCAAAGACACCGAUUUUGAUCCGGCUGCUAAAUACCACGUUGCUGGAGAUUCCCAAUACAUAAAUUAUUUUGUAGCUCACAUUUUGGAAUUUCAAAUGUAUAGAGGUCUUUGCGCAGCUGCAGGUGAAUACAACCUCGAAAAACCAGAUGAGAAGCCUUUACAUAAAUGUGAUUUCUACGAAUCAACUGCUGCCGGAACGAAAUUAAAGGAUGGAUUAUCUUUAGGAGCUAGUAAACAUUGGUCUGAAGCUUUAAAAGCAAUGACUGGCGAAACUGAUCUUGACGCAUCAGCUCUCUUAGAUUAUUUCAAACCAUUAUAUAAUUGGUUAAAAAUUCAAAACAUGGAUGAAGAAACCCUAAAAACUUAUUUGGACGAUUACUACAAAGAAGCCCAAACUUUCUAUUAUAACCAAGUGGUGGCAUCUUGGAACUUUGCCACAGACGUAGCCAAUACAGACGCACAAAAUGAAGAAGUUAAAGCAACUUUAGCACUUGCCGAAUUCACAAAGAAACAUUGGACGGACACAUUCCAAUAUCUAAAUGAAGAUGACUACCAAGAUGAAAAUGUUAAGCGACAACUUCAUUUCUUAAAAGUUUUGGGGAACGCAGCUUUAGGCACAGAGAAGUUAUCAGAAUUAACGAAUACUAUUUCUGAUAUGACCAACAUUUACAGUGCAGCAAAAAUUUGUCCUUACACUAACAAAGAAUGUGAUCUUUCAAAGGAUGGUUUAAAUUUAGAACCUGGUAUAGAAUCGAUUUUAUCGAAAUCAAAUGAUUACGAUGAAUUGGAGUACGCUUGGACCGAAUGGAGGAAGGCUAGCGGUGCAAAAAUGAUAGAUCACUACAAAAAGUAUGUUGAAUUAUCUAAUGAAGCAGCCGUAGCAAACCAUUUUGCCGAUAAAGGGGAGAUGUGGAUGUCUUGGUUUGAAACGACAGAUUUUGUUCAAAAUCUCGAUGAUUUAUGGAGUACCGUAAAACCUUUAUACGAUGAAUUACAUAAGUACGUUGGUGGUAAAUUAAAAGAGAAAUAUGGAGAUAAAAUUGAUAUUGAAGAUGGUUUAAUUCCCGCGCACGUUUUUGGAAAUAUGUGGGCACAAUCUUGGAUAAAUCUCUCCCCAUUAGUUACACCAUAUCCAAAUGCGAGCGAAGUAAACGUUACUAAAGCGAUGGAAGAAGCUGAUUAUGAUGUCAAAAAAAUGUUUGAAAUGUCCAACGAGUUUUACACAUCUUUAGGACUUUUGGACAACUCCGUUUCAUAUGGUGAUGAUUCAAUGAUUGUUAAACCAAAUGAUAAAGAAGUUUUAUGUCACGCUUCUGCUUGGGAUUUCUAUGACGCAAAAACGUUCAGGAUCAAAAUGUGUACUGAAAUUGAUUACGAAGAUUUUAUAACGGUUCAUCACGAAAUGGGUCACAUCCAAUAUUUCUUGCAGUACAAAGAUCAACCGAUUACUUUACGAGAUGGUGCUAACCCCGGCUUUCAUGAAGCUAUUGGUGAUACAAUCGCACUUUCAGUUUCCACCCCAAAACAUUUACAAGAAAUUGGUUUAUUAAAAGAUUAUGAAGAUGAUAAAGAAGCUUCAAUGAACGCCUUGAUGGAUAUGGCUUUAGAGCGGGUCGCUUUCUUACCGUUUGGAUUAUUAAUUGAUAAAUGGAGAUGGGACGUAUUUAGCGGAACGGUUACUCAAGAUAAAUGGAACGAUAAAUGGUGGGAGUACAGAAAACAAAUUCAAAAAGUUAAACCGCCCGUUCAAAGAAGUGAAACCGAUUUCGAUCCAGGCGCGAAGUAUCACGUUGCUGGAGAUUCCCAGUAUAUUAGUUACUUUGUUGCACACAUUUUGGAAUUUCAACUUUAUAGAAGUCUUUGUAUCGCGGCUGGGGAGUAUGAUGCUAAUGAUGAGAAUAAACCUUUACAUAAAUGCGAUUUCUAUAAGUCCAAAGAAGCCGGAACAAAAUUAAGUGCUGGUUUGAAAUUGGGUUCCAGCCAACAUUGGGAAGAAGUCUUAAAAGCAAUGACUGGAGAAAAUGCUUUGGAUGCUUCGGCUCUUAUGGACUACUUCAAACCGUUGUAUCAAUGGCUAAAAGUGCAAAAUAAGAAUGAAGCUGAAAUUAAAGCCUUGUUAAAUGAUUAUAACGAAGAAUCCAAAACGUUCUAUUAUAACCAAGUGGAAGCAGCUUGGAAUUUAGCCACAGAUGUUAAUAAUGAAGAGGCACAAAAAGAAGAUGUUAAACAAACCUUGGCGCUUGCAGACUUUAAAAAGGAACAUUGGACGAACACGUUCCAGUAUUUAAUUGAAGAUAAUUACAAAGAUGAGGAUCUUAAGAGGCAAAUCCAUUUGUUAAAAGUUUUGGGGAAUGCUGCUUUAGAUUCGGAUAAGUUAUCAAAGUUAACAACUACAAUUGCGGAUAUGACCAACAUUUACAGUGCAGCAAAAAUUUGUCCUUACACUAACAAAGAAUGUGAUCUUUCAAAGGAUGGUUUAAAUUUAGAACCUGGUAUAGAAUCGAUUUUAUCGAAAUCAAACGAUUACGAUGAAUUGGAGUACGCUUGGACCGAAUGGAGGAAGGCUAGCGGUGCAAAAAUGAGAAAUCUCUAUAAAACGUAUGUUGAAUUAUCUAACGAAGCAGCCAAAGCGAACAGUUUCACCGAUAAAGGGGAGAUGUGGAUGUCUUCGUUUGAAACGGAUGGUUUCGUUGAGAACCUUGAAGAGUUAUGGAAAACUAUAGAGCCUUUGUACGAUGAAUUACAUAAGUACGUUGGUGGUAAAUUAAAAGAGAAAUAUGGAGAUAAAAUUGAUAUUGAAGAUGGUUUAAUUCCCGCGCACGUUUUUGGAAAUAUGUGGGCACAAUCUUGGAUAAAUCUCUCCCCAUUAGUUAAACCAUAUCCAAAUGAAAGCGAAGUAGACGUUACUAAAGCGAUGCAAGAAGCUGGCUAUGACGUCAAGAAAAUGUUUGAAAUGUCCAACGAGUUUUACAAAUCUUUAGGACUUUUGGACAACUCCGUUUCGUAUGGUGAUGAUUCAAUGAUUAUUAAACCAAAUGAUAAAGAAGUUUUAUGUCACGCUUCUGCUUGGGAUUUCUAUGACGCAAAAACGUUCAGGAUCAAAAUGUGUACUGAAGUUGAUUACGAAGAUUUUAUAACGGUUCACCACGAAAUGGGCCACAUACAAUAUUAUUUACAAUACAAAGAUCAACCUAUUGUAUUAAGAGAUGGUGCUAAUCCAGGUUUUCACGAAGCCGUCGGCGAUACAAUCGCUCUUUCAGUUGCCACCCCACAGCACUUAGAAAAAAUUGAGUUAUUAAAAGAUUACAAAGAUACUGAAGAAGCUUCGAUAAACGCUUUAAUGGAUAUGGCUUUGGAGCGUGUGGCUUUCUUACCCUUUGGAUUAUUAAUCGAUAAAUGGAGGUGGGACGUCUUUAGUGGGGAGGUUGCAGAAGAUCAAUGGAACGCUAAAUGGUGGGAGUACAGAAAGAACAUUCAAAAAGUUAAACCUCCCGUUCAAAGAAGCGAAACCGAUUUUGAUCCCGGCGCGAAGUUCCACGUUGCCGGGGAUUACCAGUAUAUUAGCUAUUUCGUUGCACACGUUUUGGAGUUCCAAUUUUAUAGGAGUCUUUGCAUUACUGCUGGACAAUAUGACCCUAAAGAUAGCAGCAAACCUUUGCAUAAAUGCGAUUUUUAUACUUCCAAAGAAGCCGGCUCACAAUUAAGUGUUGGUUUGAAACUGGGUUCCAGCAAACAUUGGAAAGAAGUAUUAAAAGCCAUGACUGAGGAAGAAGCUUUAGAUGCCUCAGCUUUAAUGGAAUACUUUGACCCGCUUUAUAAAUAUUUGAAAGAAUAUAACGGCGGCACGUUCACCACGAAAUCUUCAAUGCUAACACUUCUUGUAGGAUUACUUGUUUAUCGAUUUUUAGCCUAAAAAAUUUUAUCUUAA